AUGAGUGCAAAGGUGGUUGAAAAUUAUUCCCUCUUGGAAGUAAUUGGUUCUGGUUAAUAUGGUAAAGUCUAUAAGGCUGUCAAUAUCAAGAAUAACAGUCUCGUGGCAGUGAAAGUUGUCAAAAUAGAAAAAUUUAAAGAAGUUCCUAAACUAGAAGAAUUUACAAUGAAUGAAAUUCAAACCCUAGCAAGAAUUAAUAAUCCUCAUGUAGUCAAAUUCAUUGAAAUGUUAAAGAGUUCUCGCAAUUAUUAUUUUGUCUACGAAUAUUGUAAUGGCUCAACUCUUGAAGCAAUUAUAUAAGAAUAAGGAGUGUAAACAGAAAAAGAAGCCCUAUAUUACUUUAGACAAUUGGUCCAAGCCUUCUAAUCAUUGGUCUCUGAAAAUAUAAUGCAUAGGGAUUUGAAGCCAAGUAAUAUUAUGUUGCAUAAUGGUUCAAUAAAAUUGGGUGAUUUUGGAUUUUGCAAAGCAUUGAAUACUGCUUAGGAUUUAUCAACAACAAUGGUCGGAUCACCAAUCUAUAUGGCACCAGAAAUUUUGAAAGGAUAAGAGUAUACAAUUAAAGCAGAUAUUUGGUCUUUGGGUUGUGUAUUAUAUGAAUUGCUUUAUGGAAUCUGUCCAUUUGAAGAAAAAACGAUGGCAUAAUUAAUGCUAGCAGUUGAAGAAAGAGAAAUAUCAUUUUUGGACAAUGUUAAUGUUGUAUCUCAAACGACUAAAGAUUUACUAUUGAAAAUGUUAACAAAAGAUUAUAAUAAAAGGAUCAAUUGGAAAGACUUAUUUGAAAGGGAACUUACUUAUGCUGAAAGAAUUAAAAAUACAGAAUAACAACCAAAUUAAAUUUAAUAAGAGUUGACUUUAAAUUCAUAGAGAAAUAAGGAAUCUAAAGCCUUUAAAUAUUUAUUAAUGGAAAGAAAUAAGAUAUUUUAUCUAUACAAAGUUGUAGAAGAAGUAUUGGAAUUGAGUAAAGAUGAAAGAGAUGAAUAGAGAGAAUCACAAAGUGUAUAUUGUGGAUAUUUACUUAUGAAAUAUAUUUGUUAUUUGAUAGAAAUGAUUAGGAUGAAUUUAGUAGAAAAAUUCAAUGUCUCAGCCUUCCCCCAUUUAGCUAAAAAACACGAGUUAUAAAACGAUAUUACUAAAACAUUUGAAUAUAAAAGCUUUUGUACUUUAAUUCAAAAAGAAGUUGAAACAGCCAGAAAAAUGUUUAAACAUUAUUAAGAAGAAGCUGAUAAGUUUUUCAAAUCCUAAACUAAUGGAUAACAUAUUUAUUAAGGAACUGAAUUUGCCCAUUUUGAAAAUGAAUUACAGAGAGAGUUAAGUACAUCUGAAAUUUCAAUAACCUUUAUGAAAAAGCUAGUGUUAAAAUAUUGUGAGGAUAUGAAAAGUCAAUUUUUACAGUAAUUCUUAGACAAAAAUCCAUAAAGUGGAAGCAAAUAAUUAUUACAUAUAGAAAAAACAUUGGAAUCAUUGAUUUUAGAUGAAUUUUUUGAAAAUUGUAUGGACAUUUAAUAAAUCGAUUUAGAACAAUAGAAUUAUUUUGCUAUUCUAAAUAAAUAUACGAAAGCUGAUUUAUUGUAAGUUAUUACAAACAAGAUGGAUUAUAUUAGACAUAAAUUAUAUAAAUGAUUAUAUUAAAAUGUUAGAUAAAAAACAUUAAUUGUUUUAUUUUUUAAUAUAAAAUUACAAUUUA